GCCAUGAGGGACUACUCAGCCCCUGCGAGCCAAGGAGGCUCCUGUGUGGUCUGCUGCCAAGUUUGUGUCUUCUUCUUCACUGCGGUCCUCAUUGUCGCAGAGAGGACGGCGCUGAUCUACUGCUUUGUGUACUAUUUGUGGGUGGGUCACAACUACUGCUACGCCCAUUUGGCUGGCUUCACUGCACUAUUUCUGUUACCAGGUUGGGGUCCACAAUGGCUCAGCUACCUGUGGUACCUCUCAGAUGGACGAAUUCGCAGAAAGUCUCUCACCUGGACUCAUAUACUGCAUUUAGGUAUCUUCAAAAGGCUGUGGGAGUGCAUGCGUCUUCCAGACAUGGACGUGUACGGAGAGAUCAUGCAGCAAGCUGAUGUGUCUGCCUUACGCCUGUUUGAGGCUUUGGUGGUCACCCUCCCAGAAACACUGCUGCACACAUACGUGCUUAUUUGCACUGAUAUAGGCAUCAAAUCUCCAGCAUCAGUGUGUUUCGCUGUGUGUUUAUUAUCUUUGGCCUGGGCGUUGGUAUUGUACGCCAGAGCGUGUACCCUCAUCAGACCGGGACACCUGCAAAUGACCCCAGCUGCCAUCUUCUGUCGACUCCUGUGGAGGGUCAGCAUGUUGGGGUCCCGAUUUGGUGUUCUCAUGCUUUUUGCGCGGGUCUUUAAACAGUGGGUUCUUGGAGUUAUAGGUGUUCACUGGUUGGGGGCGACAUUUUGGAUGGUGUCCCAGCAGACUGACAUCAUACGUUCAACUAGUCGAUGGAGACUCUUCAAUCUGAUCCUUGGAGCCAUUCACAUCUUUUUUUUCCUUAACGUGAAAUACGGGCCAUCACGUCUCCGAAUGGCUGGCUUCUAUCUGGUAAUGUUUGUAGAGAACAUUAUUCUCCUGCUGGCCUCGUCCUGGUUGUUCAGCAUGGUGUCAUGGGAUACAGUGGCCAUUCCGGCCGCGGUUCUCUGCAGUUUUCUUAUUGGUGUGAUCUCGUUGGUGCUGUAUUACCGCUUCCUCCACCCCAAAUCCUUUGAGAUCUUUCAGAGUAUUCGCCGCAGAGGGAUCAGCGGUGCCUGCAUGGAGAGCGGCUCUAUCCUCUCGUUGGAGGAGAAAGUCACACCUACCUUCCAUCGCCAUGCGACUCUGUCUGGAGGUGGCACUCUCAUGGACCUCCCACCCCAGUGGGAGGGCUGGAGGCAUCAUCACUGGCUGUUGAUUCGUUUGGCUCUGAAAACAGGGGACGUGCCCAAGAUCUGGUCAUUAUACGGAGAAGGAGGUCUUGCUGGACUCAUGGGUCUGUGUGAAGAACUCCACUAUGGCAAUGAAGCUCGUCGUGUACCACAGGUUCGACGCAUUUCACCACAAGUUCCUCAGGUCCACCAACCCGCUCCUCAGCCACCUCCACCUCAAGUGACCCCAGCUCCACAGGAGAAAGAAGUGGCACCACCACCGAAGCCAGCUCCCACCAACAUCAUCGCCAGACCUGUGAGAAAAGCGCCGCCCACAAAGAUCCACGAUAUCCGACUGGUUCCAGAGAUCAUCCCGGUACACGAGGCCAUUCUUGAAGAAAUCACAGAAGAUUUCAGCGCCCCACACACAGAAGAUAAAGGUGAGGAAGAUUUCCAUAGUGCUAUUUACGGUUCACCUACCCUUUCAUCACCUGCCCAACCGGGAAGUCUUCACAACAUUGACAGCCACGCCGCCACCCUAACCGAGAAGUCUUCCUCCGCGGCAUCCUUGGACAUCAAAACUCCCGGCUGGUCACCCGAACGUCGCUCCCCGCUCUUGCUCAGCUCACCAGAUAAGAAAUCUGCCACACCGUUAGAUCCUAACACUACUUCAUAUUUCAGUGUAGAUGCACCCUCUCCCUCUAGUGGGAGCUAUUUAGGUUGGGGGUCCGAGCUGUCACCAUUUUCCACCAACAGAAGCCCCUACCGCAUUAGGGAGGCUCGUUUCGUCACGUCUACCCCGCGUCCGGAAUCCCGAGCGGGGGCAGAUAGUCCGAGUCUGGCCCCGGUUGUGAUUAUCCCCGCUACGCCCGGUACGACGCCACGCGCGACCCCUGGUGGAACCCCUGGUUCCAUCACUCCAGCGGCCUCCACCCCCACUGCUUCCACUCCUGGUGCCGCUACCCCUGCUAGUGCCACAACACCAAGCACCCCGAUUGUCCCGCUUACCCCGGUCAUCUCCCAUGCCCGCAAACAGAUGGUUCAGUUUGUUGACAGCAGAGAGAGAGCAGUGUAA